UAAAUGGUGUGCUUUCUACAGUAGAUGGUAUUCUUCCCACUUUGACAUCUCUAGUAGAUGGUGUACUUCCCACUUUGACAUCUCCAGUAAAUGAUGUACUUCCCACUGUACUUUCCACAGUAAAUGGUAUUCUUCCCACUUUGACAUCUCUAGUAGAUGGUAUACUUCCCACUUUGACAUCUCCAGUAAAUGAUGUUCUUCCCACUUUGACAUCUCUAGUAGAUGGUGUGCUUUCCACUUUGACAUCUCCAGUAAAUAAUGUGCUUUCUACAGUAAAUGGUGUGCUUUCUACAGUAGAUGGUAUUCUUCCCACUUUGACAUCUCCAGUAGAUGAUGUACUUUCCACAGUAAAUGAUGUUCUUCCCACUUUGACAUCUCUAGUAGAUGGUGUGCUUCCCACUUUGACAUCUCCAGUAAAUGAUGUGCUUUCUACAGUAAAUGGUGUGCUUUCUACAGUAGAUGGUAUUCUUCCCACUUUGACAUCUCUAGUAGAUAGUGUUCUUCCCACUUUGACAUCUCCAGUAAAUGAUGGGUUUUCCACAGUAAAUGGUGUUCCUCCCACUUUGACAUCUCUAGUAGAUGGUGUGCUUCCGCUCCAUUCUCAUAAAAUACGGCCCACUUCUAGUAAACAUUCCACUUCAUCAGUUUCUACAUCAGCAACGACAGAUACUUCUAGUCUCAAACUUUCCACGACACUGGAAACAUUUCCUACAUUGACUUCAGAUAGUUCUACUUCGUCAUUAGUUGAAACCGAGACAUUAAACAAUGUACUUUCCAUACCGACACUGACAACACUUCCUCCAUUAACAAAUAAAAUUCUUCCUAUUUUGUCGGGAGAUGACACUGAAAUUUCCACAUCUACACUAGCUACUCAUUCUCCUUCAACGCCAUUAGAUGACUCUAAGAAUGACGUGCUUUCCACAUCAAUGCAGGAUGCAACAACAUUUUCAACAUUGGCAUUGGAUACUUCGACAUCUUUAAAGAAAAUAAUUCCCACAUUGAUACCAUCUUCCACUAAGAUUAUUACCAAACCACUUUUAAAUCAUAAUAAAUAUAAAAAACGAGAUUCAUCCCAGUUAAAAAUUAUUGUUUUUAGUUCCGGAAAUAACGGUAUCCCUGGUCUAAAUGAACCAUAUCGUGGAAAACGAACCAUUAUUAAUCGAUCUUCAGUUAGAUUAGCACUACUCAGUUAUGAUGAUGUAUUAAACAUACAAAAUAUUUCCAGUAGAAUUAGGAAUGCGAAUAUUACAGCAGACCCAGGACCUUGGAUUGAACUUACAAUGAGUUCACCUUUCAUAAUAUGGAGUGGCGUAAUAACUGUAUCAAAUUCCAAAGUAUCAAGGGUUAUGAUGACACUGAAAGUUGGAUAUGGUAUGGAAAGUGUUGCGUUGACAUUUAUUGGAAUAGUAUUUAUUACCUUUGGAAUUUUAAUUAUAAAUGCUUUAAGAAAAAAGGUGAUCUUUAGAAAGUUCCAAUUAAGACGACGAAAAACUGCUUGGAAGAUGUUCGUAAUAGUUAUUUCAUGUUUAAUAGCGAUAACUUCAUUUAUACUUGCGGGUUUUGUAUUAUUUCUUGACACCACCAUUAAAAAUUUCUGGACGCAACAGACUUUACAAAGCGUAUCAACUAUAUUAAACUGUACAACAAUAAUUUUCAUUCUACAAGAUGAAACGAUCGGUACCCGCAUAUCAUCAUCUUGGUCUUCACGUUCUAUUCCUUCCUCUAAACAAACCAAUAAUGAUCCCGAACUUCUUGAUGAGGAACAACCUACCACAUCUAUAAAUAGACCUACUAGAACUUUGUCAAGACCAAAUAUUUCAAAUAUUGAAAUUGAUGAUGAAUUCAUGUCUCGACAAGUCACCACAUCAAGUAAUUAUAGAAGGGGUAGUCUCAGUGUUAGAAGUAGUAAUUCAACAUUAUUAACCAUUAGAUCUAAUAAUGCUAUUCUAGGAAAUACAGGUUUCGGAAAGUAG